AUGACAGACUUCGAGACAGACGUGGGGCCUCUUCCUGAACGUGGCCUGGAUCAUCAUGGGAGCAGCGCCGAUAUUCUGCAGGGGCAAAUGGAGCGGGAGGACGAGAACAUCGCCAAGCAGGACGAGCAGGAGGAGUCCACGAGGGUUGGCUUUACGAGCGGGCCGAAGGGCGAGUGCACUGAGAUGCGCCUUGAGGAGGUGGGCUCCGAGGCCGCAACGCAGGAGUUGGAGGCGACCACCGAGAUGAAUCACAAGGAAGUUGACAUUGAAGGCUGGCUGGAUGAGCCGGCCGAGACCACCGAGAUGCACCGCGAGGGGGUCGGCUCCGAGCUUCGCGCCAAUGGCUCCGAGGUCAUGCCCCUCGUUCCCCUAGAACGGUUCGAACGACAUGCUCAUCGACACCGGCUCUGCCGAUGA